AGACUGUCCUUGUUCAGUGUAGCGUUCGCGCGAACUUGGAUUGACGCUAUUUUUGUUGCACUUUAAAAUGGCUCCUACAUCUCCAGUAGAUGAGUGGUCAAAAGCGGAGUGUUUGAAGCUCAUUCAGGAAUUUAAAGCCAAUCCCGUAUUGUGGGAUGAAAAGAACCAAUUGUAUUUCCAGAAGAAUCUGAAACCUGCGAUUUGGGAAGAGAUUGGCCAAUCGCUGGACAAGAAUGCGGAAGCGUGUAGACAUAAAAUGAUGAUUUUACUGUCAUCGUUCCGAAGAGAAAAAGCAAAAAUUAAACACAGUAUGGGCGAUGAUGAAGAUUCUUCUACUUGUAAAUAUAAAAGCAAAUGGUUUGCCUUUAAAGAACUGAAGUUUUUAAUGGAUAAAUCUAUUGAAAGAAAACGCCUAGCUAAGCGUACAGACGACAAUGAACCAACUCCAAAGAAAUCCAUUAAUAGUUCCUGUGCACAUAGCUCGACCAACGGACAGGCCAGAACUGAGCAAACACCGUCAGGAGGGGUUCACAAAGAAAUCGUUGAUCAAACGCAUAUUAAUAAUAAUACAAAUUUAACGAAUGCUGAUGUGAUAGUUCGGCGUCGAAAUUCCACGGAGAGAGACGAAGAACUCAAAUCCUUCACAUCCUUCAUUUACAACAAAAUGAAACAAUAUCCGGACACAACAAAAAAUGCAGUUCAACAGGAGAUAUGUCAAAUUAUAUUUAAGGCUGAUCAAAAAUGUUACGACACCACGUCAUAUGAGAAAAUCAAGUUCAUUGAUGAUCCAGAUAAAUCUGAUUACAGUCUAGAAUUUCAAGACACUCCUACUGCAACAAUAAAAAUACAAAAUGAUUUUUUUGAUAGCGAAUAGUCACGUGCGCAACGUUAAAUUUAACAUACAUGAUAUACUCUUGUUAUAAAAUAUAAAAUCUCAUAAUCAAAGGCUAUAUUUUCUUCCCAAAAAGAUAUUAAGCUCAUCACUGCAUAAUUUUAAGGCUGUGGUCGUGCCACUUGCUCACAAAAUUGCGGCUUGUCGCUUCGUCGUAUAUCGCUAAAUGAAUACGAAUGACAACAUUUUUGGUACCAAACUAAUACCUGUGUUUUUAUUAUUUUGUUUCUGUCAAUUCUAAAUUACCAGUUAAAUCCUAAAAAAAAAUCACCCGAGCCUAGAUACCUAUUGUAAAAAAAAAAAUUUGGAACAUUUAAUAAACGUAUCCGACUGGGCAUAGUGAAAAUUAUGUAUGUAUUUAUAAAUGUAUUGAGUUUUAGACUUUUCGUUUUCAAACAAAAAUAAAUUUAAUGGGGCCAUAAACUGUCUGUGACCAAAACCAUUCGUUCGAAACAUUGUGAAUAUAUAUUAAAAAAAUAAACUGUAACCAAUGUCACACGUAAAA